AACCCAGCUAACAAUAGUGAUUGUGAAGCAGGAGAGAGUUUGAGGCAAGUUCAGAGUAUUGAGGUAAGUGCAGACUUUAAUAACAAAAAUAAUAAUCUAGUUAUUUGGUCGAUGUAAGUAAUUAUCAUGAUAUAAAUGUGUUAUUUUAUUUUAGGAUGCUUCCAAGGAUAAUAAAACAUGUGAUGUUUGGCCUGGAAAUAAAAUGUUGUUGGAUAAUCCUGUUAGCAAUCCAACAACUGAAAGCAACAUUGAUAUAAUACUCCAAGAAGAAGAGGGAAAUAGAAGAGAGAAUAAUGUACAGGACCCUGAAUGUACUGGACUUCCAGUAGUAACUCUCUGGCAAAAUGACUUUGAUUCAGUACUGUUGCCAGUACCAGGAGUUGAAAUAGAGUUCAUUACUGCUAACUUCACAAACACAUCCCUGGCUGGAAACCUAACUACAGAGAUAAAUGGGACUGGCUUUGAAAUACACGAUACUGAUCCCAUCGAGAGUGUACAACUUUUGCCUGCUGAUGAAACUAGUUUAGAAGUAACCAGAAAAAAUGCAAACAUUGUAGCAUCUACAAGCCAUGAUAUUCUUCAGGGAGAAGAAAAUAUUAGUGAGGAGGAAAUGUUAGUUCACCAAAAUGCUGAUACCGAUUCAGACUUCGCACCUAAACCACCCGACUCUCCGCAGAAAGGAUGUGAUCCGCGGCCAAAGCGAGGGCGAAAGAGGAAGCAUGAAACUUCAAGAGAAGAAAACAAAGCAAAACGAAAUAGAAAUGAAGAACAUUACAACAACAAAGGUGUAAAAGUUGUAAAAUCUUUCAAAGAUUACCGAUGCAAUUGCUCACAAAUGUGUCACGAGAGACUUUCAGUAGAAGUGCGAAAAGAACAGUAUAUAAAAUACUGGGAGCUUGGUUCUUAUGAUGCACAAACCAAUUUCAUUGCUGCUCAUGUGUCUGAAAAUACAAAGAAAAGAAGCCAAGGAAAAAAUGAAGCAAAGAGAUGUUUUUCAAGACGUUACAGAUUUGGCAGUGAAAAUGUAUGUAGGGAUAUAUUUGUCAUUACUCUUGGAAUUUCAACUAAAAGAGUUAAUACCGCACUAAAAAAGUUAAGGACUUCUUCCAUUACUGACAAAAGAGGCCACACACAAGGUGGGAAGAACAAGAUAUCGGAUGGCAAGAAACAAGAAGUAGUGAGACAGAUUUCCAAAAUACCAAAAUAUAAAUCUCAUUACAGACGGGAACAAACUGGUGCUAAAUUUCUUCCCCCAGGCAUGACCUUACAAGAUAUGUAUGGAGCCUACAAAACUGAAGUUUCUGAGCCUGUUAGUUAUUCCACUUAUAGGCGCAUCUUUCUAAAUGACUUCAAUCUGAGAUUUAAAGCAUUGAAAAAAGACACAUGCAAUUUGUGUGAUACCUACGCAGCAAAAUUGCAGACUCCGUAUUCUGAAGAAGAGACAUUGAAAAUAAAGCAGGAUCACGACAAACACAUUGAUAUUGCAGAAGAGGCUCAAAAACUUAUGAGGACUAACAUGAAGGAUGCAAAAGACCAACCUGCAAUGGAAUGUUUGACAUUCGACAUGGAAAAAACGUUACCACUACCCAGGAUUCAUACCAAUGUCAUGUUUUACAAGAGACAGUUGUGGUUGUAUAACUGUGGCAUUCAUUCUGGAAAAUACAGCAAAGAGUUCUACAAAGCCUUGUUUGGAGCUGCACAAGUAGAAGAUGAUGUUGAUGGCUUCUCAGGAGCACCAGAUUUUGAUGUGGAAUAG